ACUUUUACUUCCUUGUGCACGCAGAUUGAGGAACUGACCGUUUUGCGGGCGGCCUGAAGCUCCACAUCCUCCCCCCCCCCGCGCCUCAUUUCACCACUUUCACGAUCAUGCGCGGAUAGACGGCGGAACAGAACCGGCUCCUCGCGCGCAAAGCUGCAGAGAUGGCUCGACCGAAGCAGCAGUUGGAGAUGACGGAGUACAAGAAGAUGGCGAUCAAGCGGGACCUGGAGAUGGGGGUGGUGAUGACGGUGUUCCGGCAGAAGGCGGAGCGGCUCACCGUGCAGGUCAUCAUGGAGACCCGGCAGGUGGCGUGGACCCGCACGGCGGACAAAACCGACGGCGUCCUGGACCUGUUUGAGAUCAGGGAGGUUCGUCCAGGGAGGAACUCUAAGGACUUUGAGCGCUUUAAAGACGGGAAGGACAAACACGAUGAAAACUCCUGCUUCACCAUCUUCUACGGCUCACUGUUUGUCCUCAACACCCUCAGCCUGGGAGCGGAUUCUGUGCAGGAGGCCCAGAAGUGGCUGACAGGACUAGAGCUGCUGAGGCAGGAGACGCUGGAAGCUCCGACUCCGGUCCUCAUCGAGAGUUGGCUGAGGAAGCAGAUGUAUUCUGUCAAUCAGACCAAAACACACAGUAUCUCCAUGAAGGAGCUGAAAGUUCUGCUUGCCUCCAUCAACUACAAGCCCCCCAGCUCUCGUUCCCUCAAAGACAAGUUCCAGGAAGUGGGAGGAAAGAAAGACCGCCUGGACUUUGCACAGUUUCAUAAAUUGUACAACCUCAUAAUGUUCGAACAGAAUGAGAUCCUGGAUGAGUUCAAAAGGGAAUCCUGUGCUUUUAUUUUGGGUAACACGGAUAAACCAGAGGCCUCAGCAGUCCUGCUCCACGACUUCCAACGAUUCCUCAUCUACCAGCAAAAGGAAUCCUGGGCCAGUGACCUGAACCAGGUCAGAGAGCUGAUGACCACCUUCAUCGACGACACCAUGAGGAAGACCAAUGACCCCGAGUUCACCGUCAGCGAGUUCCUCAGCUUCCUCUUCUCCAAGGAGAACUCUGUGUGGAAUGAGAAGUUCUCCGAGAUCUGCAACCUGGACAUGAACAACCCGCUGUCCCACUACUGGAUCAACUCGUCACACAACACCUACCUGACCGGGGACCAGCUGCGCAGUGAGUCCUCCACAGAGGCCUACGUGCGCUGCCUGCGUCUGGGAUGCCGCUGUGUGGAACUGGACUGCUGGGAAGGGCCCGGGGAGCCCAUCAUCUACCACGGCUGGACCAGGACCACCAGGAUCAAGUUUGAGGAUGUGGUCAAAGCCAUCAACGAUCACGCAUUUGUCACGUCCGAGUUCCCGGUGAUCCUGUCCAUAGAGGAGCACUGCCCGGUGGAGCAGCAGCGCCAGAUGGCCCGCAUCUUCAGAGACGUGUUCGGGGACAAACUGCUGACCGAGCCGGUGGAGGAGAUGGCCGAGCAGCUGCCGUCGCCGACGCAGCUCAGGGGCAAGAUCAUCCUCAAGCACAAGAAGCUCAGUGUGGAGGGAGGAAUCACCAGAGACCUCAGGAAGGGGCAGAAACAGGGAGACCUGGAGAUCUGGGACCCCGUGGACCAGCGGUGGAACAAGCACUACUGCGUGAUCUCUGAGGACAAGCUGUAUUAUGCAGAGGAGUACGAGGAGGAGGAAGACGAUCCCCGGAAGUUCCAGGACUUGCACCUCUCGGAGCCGUGGUUCCACGGGCGCCUGAAGGAAGGCCGCGUGAUGGCCGAGCGGCUGAUCCACGACUACUGCGUGGAGAACGGGGGGAUAGACGGCACCUUCCUGGCCCGGCCGAGCGAUACCUACGUCAAAGACUUCACCCUCUCCUUCUGGCGCAGCGGGAGAGUCCAGCACUGCCGCAUCCGCUCGGGUUCGGAGGGGCCGCACACCUACUUCUACCUGACGCCGAACCUGCACUUCCCCAGCGUGUACUCGCUGAUCCAGCACUACAGGGAGAACCCGCUGCGCUGCCAGGACUUCGAGCUGCGCCUCACCGGCGCCGUGCCGCAGCCCGACCCGCACCUGCAGAAAGGGUGGUUCUACAGUAACCUGAGCAGAGGCCAGGCCGAGGACUACCUGCUGAGGAUUCCCAGAGACGGCGCGUUCCUCAUCCGACAGAGGGAAGGAGAACCAGACUCCUUCGCCAUCACGUUCAGAGGCGACGGUAAGGUCAAACACUGCCGCGUCCAGAAGGAGGGCAACAUGUACCUUCUGGGCACCACCACGGAGUUCGAGAGCCUCGUGGACCUGGUCGAGUACUUCAGGAAGAAGCCGCUGUAUCGCAAGAUCAAGCUGCGUUACCCAGUGACCCCCGAGCUGGUGGACCACUUCAGCACCGAGAAGGACUGUGCCUUUCUGUACGAGGUGAAGACCUACGUGGAGCCCAACGAGAUCGAGCCCAUACUGCCUCAAAGCACAGUGAGGGCCGUCUACAGCUACCAGGCCAAAAACCCCGACGAGCACAGCUUCAGCAAAGGAGCCCUGAUCCACAACGUCUCAAAGCAGAGCAACGGAUGGUGGAAAGGCGACUACGGCGGAAGGCUGCAGCUCUUCUUCCCGUCCAACUUUGUGGAGGAGGUGUCCAACAACACCAAACCUGACGUCAAAGGACAGGACAUGGAGGACAACCCGCUGGGCGAGCUGUGUAAAGGCGUGGUGGACAUCUCCAAGUGCAACAUCCAAAACUUGAGGAGCGGUAAGAACGGGAAGCCCAACGUGUUGACCCUGCAGGACGUGGAGCAGGACAGCCUGCAGUUCGACCUGGCGGCCGACUCCCUGGAGGAGCUGUUCGAGUGGUACCAAGUGGGCUGGAACAUCACGCAGAGAGCGAUGAACGACAAGUACUACCAAGAACGAGUGAUCAGACAGCAGGAGGAAGUGGAGAAGAAGGCAGAGGUUGCCAUGGAGAUGUCCGACCUGGUGGUCUACUGUCAGCCGCUCAGCAAGGAGAAGGACCGCUUUGACCGCUACACCUACAAGCAGAUCCGCUCCUUCGUGGAGAACAAGAUGCCGGGGAAGAGCCGCACCAGGGAGUUCCUGUGCUACAACCGCAAGGCGCUGAGUCGCGUCUACCCGAAGGGCCAGCGCGUGGAGUCGUCCAACUACGACCCCUACCCGCUGUGGGCCCUCGGCUGUCACAUGGUGGCUCUCAACUUUCAGACUGCAGAUAAAUACACUCAGCUGAACAGCGCCCUCUUCAGUCAGAACGGACGCACGGGUUACGUGCUGCAGCCGGAGCUCAUGCGCGACGACGGCUACGAGCCGCAGCAGGAGAGGAAGAAGGUCAAGUACGACAUUGUGGUUCGGGUGAUCGCCGCCAGACACCUGCCGAAGCCCGGACGCAGCAUCGCCAGUCCCUUUGUGGAGAUCGAGCUGUGCGGGCACGACGAGGAGAAGUUCAAGACCAUGGUCUAUCGGGACAACGGUCUGAACCCGGUGUGGAAGUCCCCGGCGGACUCGGCGGUCUUCACCGUGCACGAGCCUGAGCUCACCUUCCUGCGCUUCGUGGUGAACGAGGAGGACAUGUUCUCAGACCCCAACUUCCUGGCUCAGGCCACGUUUCCCGUCAAGGGCAUCCGCUCAGGUUACCGCUCUGUGCCGCUGAAGAACGGCUACAGUGAAGACUUGGAGCUGGCGUCUCUGCUGGUCUUCAUCAACGUCCAACAGUCAGGGAAAGCGGAGGAGGAGCUGUACUCGUCCUCUGGCCAGCUGAAGAAGAAGCAGGCGGAGGUCGGCGGCGAGCCUUUCCUGUACGACACGCACACUAACAUCCAGCGCGCCGCGCCGCGCCAACACAACCCGCUGACCCGGGAGGGCAGCGGCGGAGAGAGGACAAAAGAAAAGAAGAUAAACAACAACAAGUUCUACCCGUGAAGAAAUCACCUCCCCGUCAAGAUCUUAUCGAUUGGCAUCCUACGCACCCAAAAACAGCUUUUCUAUUUAUUCAAGUUUUUUUUUUGUCAGACCUAAGACUACACAUUUUAACGAUAAAACGUCGGACAAACAUCGCGGCGCCUCCGGGUCGGAGGUCAAACCGUACGGAGGCGGACAGCGCUGAUACGCGGGUGAUAUUUAUUGUGUAACUGAAACGAGAGCGGACGCUUCUUCUGCCGGGACCGCGCGUGUCGAAUGAAUCUGUCAUUUUUUGAGUCUUCAUUUUUUUUUCCGGCGCCUGACGGGUGGGAGGCGACUUGUCGUGGAGGCUGCCGUGCGUCAUAUCAGUGGGAUCACACGACGUAAUGCAAACUGUGGGUGGAUUUCAUUGGAAGCCACGUGAUGUUUGUAGAUUUUUCUGUUCAAGAGACAAUAAAGAAUGCUUGGUGAAUGUU